AUGCCAUCAUCAUUGCCAUCAAUAAGACCAUUCGGUGAUGAUACCAUUCCGAUGGCCCUACAAGAGGAUGUCAUGGCUUCACCAGAGAACAAACGAACCAAUUGGAUCGUUCUACUGACUUCUAAACGUUUUGUAUUGGGCAUGUUUGCGGUGUUACUCCUCUCUCUUGUAUUUUCAUAUUUAUUGUAUUCUUCGAAUUAUUAUGGAAUGAUCACACAGGGUUCUCACCAUGCAUUCAAUAUUUUGAACAUAUUCUCUGAAGCAGGAGGAUCCUCUGACAAGUUGCACGCAACACCCUCGCUAAAUAUUUACAAUUCUCGUCUCGAAAUGAAUGAACGUAAUAAUAUCAUUUCAGAAUUGAGAUAUAUGCACCAGAAAAACAUUGCAAAACGAAGACUCAAUGUGGCAUCACCAAUACAGGUAGAGCAUGCUGUUCAAUAUUAUGUGAAAUUUAGGUCGGUUGAAACAACACAAAUCAGUUCAAAACCAUCUUCCGCACCUUUAACAAAUUUGCAACAUGCUCUCUUCAACACUUUACAACCAACACCCGAUACCGCCACGCUUUCAUCUGUCAAUACAAAUUCUCCACCACCAAACAAUGAGGAAUUUCACAGAGUUUCAAAAUUAUUGGAACACUUUAUUAUUGGAACUGUUUCGUCACAACCCAAAUCUGAAACUACAUCACCCGGUAUUAUAGAGUCCAUUAGCUCCCUUUUUGCAUCAUUUUCAUCAUCCAUGAGUGCAACCACACCAAGUGGCACGAGUGUGGUAGUCAUUAUGAGAGCCAAACCAUCCCAAAUCGCAGAUCUUGCUUCAAAAAAUUUAGAAGGAAUUGAGAUUGAAUGGAUUGGAAGAGUAGACUCCACUCGACACAAAACAGCUCUUGAUUUUGGAGCCAUUCAAAAAUUAUGGGAACAGCGUCAAGGCAUUCUCUCUCAACAACAUAACAUGGUCGAGACAUCACCUACACAACAAACUCUUGAAGCCCAGCUUGAAAAAUUCACUCGAUUUGAAUCUGUCAAUGCCAACAUGAAUCGACAACAACGAGCGCUUUCAUCUUCCAUGUUGAAAUAUGUGUCAAUUUAUGCCACAGUGAUUCAUUCAUUGGAUGCUACCUAUCAAGGAACUGUAGAACAAGAAACUGACGAAUUGGUCGAAGAAUUGAAUCAAGCAUUGAAAAAUCACUUCUCUGAGAGGCUCAAAAUGGAUCAACCAGACUCUCCUCUCUUUUAUCCAGUCAUGAAGGAAAGUAAGGAUAAAUUAAGUUUUGCAUUUUCACCUUCAAUUGCAUCGGAGGCCAUGCAAAUCCUCUUAAAGCAUGAAGGCAUUUUCUCAGUGGAAAGACAACUACCAUUGGAACUCAUGAACUAUCAUCCAAACACAGUAUUGCAAGGUAUUAAUGCAAAUCUUCCCCUUCCUCCAAGAAACAACACCAAUUUCUUCAUUUGGAGCAAUGGCAUUACUGGAAAGGGUGAGGUGGUUGGUUGUGCCGAUACUGGAAUUGAUUGGGAUGGAUGCUUCUUUUAUGACCCCGAAAAUGAAGUGCCACUCAAUAUUGUGAACAUGAAACAUCGUAAAAUUGUUUCCUAUCAAACAGUAGCUCUCAAAGAUCAAUAUGGAAAUAUUCACAGCUCUGAUAAUAAGGAUUCUGGAGACGGCCAUGGUACCCAUGUCUCUGGCUCGAUUGCAGGAAGUAUUUUGUCAACGGCAAGUAAUGCACAAGACAUGUCCAAGUAUAAUGGUGCUGCUCCUGGAGCUAAAUUAUUUUUUACGGAUAUCUUGCGGACAGGUGGUAAUCAACUCUUAAUACCUCCAGAUUUGUACAAUAACUUGUUCAAAAUUCCAUAUCAAAGAGCAGGUGUCAGAAUUCACAGUAACUCAUGGGGAUGCUCUUUUUCAAGCAUUUUCAAUUGUAAAUAUAAUUGCAAUUGUAAAUGGGCCAUUGAUAGCGAGUAUGGAAAGAAAGAUGAAACAGUUUCGAAUGAUUUUUGUAUGAAAAACUUUGGAAAAUCAUGUUGCCAAAUUUGUAAUAGCUACGAUUCCAAAAGUCAAGAAAUUGACAAAUUCACUUGGGACAAUGAUGACUUUUUGCCACUCUUCGCCGCUGGUAAUGAAGGAUAUACGUCUGAUAGUGGAAAUAUUGGUUCGCCAACAACUUCAAAGAAUGUCCUAUCCGUAGGAGCUUCUCAAACAACCAACGAAGGAUUUGUUGAAGCUGUUGAUCAUGUUGAUUUCACUGGCGUAUUUGCAGCCAUCAAAGUCAGCACUGAAGAAGAAUGUUGCAACUUCCAAGGCACUUCCGACGACCAGACCAACCUUGUGAAAUCACUCUGUUGCAGCUCUUACAUGAAAAAGAUCUAUUCUGAAAACAAAAAGUAUUUUACUAAGGAGAAUCUUGCAUACUUUAGUGGACGAGGACCAGCCGUUGGUAAUAGAAUCAAGCCCGACGUCGUUGCACCUGGUUAUGAAAUUGAAUCCAUGCACUCGGAUGGAAGUGUGACCUCUUUCCAAUGUUCAGCAAUAAGACCUACUCCAUCGAAUAGCGCAGCCAUUUUGACUUUGAGAGGAACAAGCAUGUCGACUCCUCUAUUGGCCGGAACUGCCGCUCUUGUGAGAGAAUACUUGAAAACUCGAAGCGCACAGCGUCAUUCGAAUCCUUCGGGAGCUCUUGUGAAAGGUGUUCUCAUUCACUCAGCUCAACCACUCAAGGGACUUGUUUCGCUAGAUGGAAGAGGUGGUAUGUUUGAUUUGCGAAAAUUAGACACACCCAAUUCAUAUCAGGGUUUUGGACUUGUUUCUCUCAGUUCUGCUCUUGCAUUUGAGGGAUCCUCAUUCGUUCUAUUCACGCAAGAUAGAAAAACCAUUACGAACCAUGCGAGAGACACGUACUGUUUCAAGAGAGUGACUGGAAAGAGCCCUUCACAAGGUGGUGACAGUUUCUUCUCAGCAACUCUAACUUGGUACGACUUGCCCUCUACCGUAUUCAAUGUUGAAUUAAUUCAAGACUUGGAUCUGAAUGGCUAUGUUUAUGCUGAAAAUAGUACCAGUUCAACAAGAUAUCCAGGUAAUGGCAACUCGAAAAAUGAUCAUGAAAAUAACGUGGAAAAGAUCAUGAUCAGUAGCAUUGACAAGGACAUGAUAGUUGCUGUGACUGUGUAUGCGAAUAAGCUCAUCCAAAAUCAAAAUUAUUCCUUAGUGAUUACCUAUUCGGACGAUAUUGAACCCAUUGGUUGGUGUAAUCCACCAGCAGCAUAUUCACCUCCUAUCUCAGUAUUAACAGUUUUGGUUUUGUUUGGCGUUUUGAGCUCUGUGGCCAUUAUUGUCAUUGGAGGUAUUGUGUUAUUGGUGAGAAGAUUUAAAUAUGGAGGAGGUAGUAGUGGCACUUCCACCUCUACUACGACGUCAACACCAAGCGGAGGAAGGCGACUCGGCAAUGGAGAAAAUAAUGAUAACUCCUCAUGGGCGGCCAACAUUGGAAGAAGAUUGAGAGAUGGUUUGAGAAUUGGUGACAUUACUCAAACAAGUCGCCCUCAACCUGCUGUUACUGAAACUCACCCACCUCAAAAUAACCCUUCAUCCAUCAUGGCAAAACAUUCAACUCAUACUCCACCCGAAUGGCUGAUGGAAAAGAUGGUUGAAGGUAUGAAGCUGUUGCAAGAAAAGAUUGAAAAGUUGGACAAUAAGAUGGAUCGUUUGGAAACAAGGAUGGACCGUGUUGAAUCAAGGAUGGACAAGUUCGAAACCAGACUUGACAAAUUCGAAAGCAAUUUAGGCAUGCUGUGUAAGCUAAUACGGAACCAAGAAUUUGAGAAGAGAAUGAGGACUCGGCAACAACAAGCGGAGGAAGGAGACUCGGCAAUGGAGAGUCAGAAAAUAAUAAUACUUCCUCAGGGACAGCGUAAAUUGGAACAAGAUUAA